AUGCCAUGGCGGCAGCCAACACAGGCAUUGAUGGCACGGAAGCAGCUCAAGGUGCUCCAUGCCCUCGACAUUGCGACGACGCAGGUGUACCACUUCACCGCCAUCGCAAUCGCCGGCAUGGGCUUCUUCACUGAUGCCUACGACCUCUUCUCCAUUUCCCUCGUCACCGACCUCCUCGGCCGCAUUUACUACACGGACGGUGUCCUCCCUGUCGGCGUCUCGGCGCUUGUCAACGGUGUUGCACUAUGCGGCACGGUGGUCGGGCAGCUCUUCUUCGGAUGGCUCGGCGACAAGGUGGGCCGGCGGCACAUCUAUGGUGUCACCCUGAAGCUCAUGGUCAUCUGCUCCAUCGCCUCCGGCCUCUCCUUCCACCGUUCACGCAAGAGCGUCAUUACCACGCUCUGUUUUUUUCGUUUUUGGCUUGGCUUUGGCAUCGGUGGCGACUAUCCACUCUCCGCUACGAUCAUGGCGGAGUACGCAAAUAAGAAGACUCGUGGCGCCUUCAUUGCCGCUGUAUUCGCCAUGCAGGGUCUAGGAAAUCUUGCUGCUGGAAUAGUUGCCAUAAUCGUCUCACAGUCAUUCAAGCAUGCACCAGGAUAUGACCAUGACCCACACUGGCACGCUGACUAUGUGUGGCGUAUAAUUCUCAUGGUAGGCGCCAUCCCUGCUAUCCUGACUUAUUAUUGGCGCAUGAGGAUGCCCGAGACGGCACGCUUUACGGCGCUCAUAGCUAAGGACAUCAAGAAAGCUUCUUCAAACAUGGCCUUGGUCCUUAACAUCGACAUCGUGGCUGAAAUAGAAGAGGCUGAUGUGUUCAACAGAGAGCAUGAGUUUGGUUUCUUCACCAUGGAGUUCGUCCAUCGACAUGGCCUCCACCUCCUUAGCACCAUGAUCUGUUGGUUUAUGCUUGACAUGUCAUUUUACCUGCUCAACCUGUUCAUGAAGAACAUCUUUACCGAAGUUCGAUUCAUCAAAGAUGCAAGCACAAUGAGCCCGCUUGACCAAACAUACAACAUAGCAAGAACCCAAGCUCUCAUUACCGUCAUUGGCACGUUGCCGGGCUUCUUCUUUGCAGUCAAGUUCAUGGACAGAAUUGGUCGAAUCAAGAUGCAAAUUGUAGGAUUCAUUAUGAUGAGCGUCUUCAUGCUCGGGCUUGCUAUUCCACAAGUGUUAUCGAAAACGAUAUGGUAUUCUCGCUACGGGAACAUCUACUUCAUUGUCAUUUACUCGGCAAUAAUGUUCUUCACUGACUUCGGCCCCAACUCGACCACUUUCAUCCUUCCAGCAGAGAUCUUCCCAGCACGUAUGCGGUCAACAUGCCACGGCAUAGCCGGUGCUGGCGGGAAGGGUGGUGCUAUCACUGGUGUGCUUUGGUUCCUAUAUGCCAAUAAAGGUCUCCCAAUUAUUCUCUUCGUGCUAGUUGGUUGCAACAUAAUUGGCUUGGUGUUCACGCUCAUCUUACCAGAAACCAAAAAGAGGUCCCUUGAAGAGGUCACUGGUGAAAGAGGAAAUGAUGAGGACCAGGGAGGUUUUUCUCUUGUGAGAACACCUCUAUUUACUAUAUAG